UUCUUCAGGACACAUUUGGGUUUUGGGUAAAGGAAGGUUCAGGAAGGUUGCCUCUGUGACUCCACUGAGAAUGAGUAAGGACCAAAUAAGGGAAAGUUGAAGAAUCUGAAAUGAUUAAACCCACAGAAGAGAAAGGCAAUUAAAUUGUAUGGUGGAUACAGUCCUGGACCUUGAGUUAGAAGAGAUCCUAGUUCAGAUCUGACUUCAAACACUUCGGCUAUGUGACCUUUGGUGCAGCUAAGUAGCUCAGCGAAUGAAACACCAGGCCUGGAUUUGGAAGGACCUGGGUUCAAGUUUGGCCUCAGAUACUUCUUAGUUGUGUGACUCUGGUUAAUCCUGGAGUGACUGCAAGCUGCCUGCUUUUUGCCUCCUGACUCGGGGAGAUGGGAAGAAUCUGAACUAGCCACGUGACAAUUAUGUGCCUAAAAAGUGGCUUCUGGAGAGUACAAAUGAACCACGUGGGAAUUUGUAUUAAGGGCAUAGAGGAAAUAAAGGAACCCCUGAAUGGAAAGCAAGAUUAAAACCUCCUUCCUUCAUUCUGACUUUAUCUCAGCAUUUGGAUCUUUAACAAGACUUGUAAAACAGCAACAGUAACAACAAAUUGUCCCUUUUACAUAGUGUAACUUAAGAUGUAAGCCAGGAGCAUUGGUGAUUCUGUUCACAUUGUUAUAGAUUUUGUUAAUUUGAUUAUUUGUUCCUGACAAAUGAGGUAAGAGAAGCUUGAGCUAACUUUCUUGCAAUAGUCCAUGCUUAUUUAUGCUCAUUUUCUGGCUCUUGAAAUGGCAAAUCCCAGCCUCCCUUCCCUUUGCCCCCCUCUUUUUUGGUCUAUAUAGUCACCUCUGCCAUAUUUCCAAUUUUGCCCAUAUCAUUUAGAGAGCCAUCACAUUGUUGGUCUUCCAUCUUUCUCAGUGGAUCAGUUCCACUUGCCUCUUCACAAGAGACCCUUCUCUCCCCUCCCCCAUUUCUGCUUUGGUUUGGGCUACAGCCUUCUCUCUCCUUGCAUUCUUAAUAUGGCAACCAGCUCCUCCUUGGGCUUCUCUGAUGGAUAGUGGUCUCCCAGGGCCUGCAGAUGGCCUAUUGAAACUGACAGCCUGCAAUCAGAGAUCAUGUCCUUGGCUCCUGAAGUUGUCAGGGACGUUCUGAGAGACAAAGGCAUAAGUCAGAGAGAGAAAUGGAGGCGAAACGCUUCCUCUGUCUUACUUAAAACUAAUUUCAAGGACAGUCCGGUUUCUCAAACCAGGCUAAGAAAUGAAGAACAGUGGUUCCAAAAAAAAUGAAAAGAAAAAGAAAUCAAUCAGUCAUUCCGGUAUUAGGAUCAUCUAAUUGUGAGAUUAUUCAGAAUCCUCUACACAGGUUUUCAGAACCCCCCCCCCAAGUUGCCAUUAACCUACAAUAGAUAUUUUUUUCCCUAGUCUCCCUGCCCCACCCCCAUCUUUCAACACUGGAAUUAUGUGUGUCAAAAUGCACUAGAGAGCAUGAGCUGCUGCUGUCUGUCUCACUGAACUGGGAGAAAACAAGCAUCCUCUUACGGCAGAAUCACUCAGGCAGCCAUCAAGUCCCCCAACCACUGAACCGAGGAGUCACUGAAAGGGGGCACUCCUCCCAAACCAGAUACAGCAGCUUCACCAUUUCAGUCCCUCUCAUUUCUUUUUGGUCCUGGGCAUGUUGGUCUGUGCCCAGUGACAGAGAGGGACUUACCAAGUACAGCCUCACUUUAUCUUAGCUACUAGCUCUUCUGAGCCCAUGUCCAUCCUCCUUUCCACUACACUGGAUCUGCCUGGAAGGGGCAGGUGUUGGGGAUAGGGAGAGGGGUAGACGCUCACCCAAGAAGUUCCUCACUUGUAGGUGGCACCCAUAUUUAUGAUGAUUUUCUUCAAGGCAGCAUGAUAUAGUAUAGUGGUACAGUAGACAGAGAACUUGGAAAGACCUGGAUUCAAAUCUAGCCUCCAGGUCCUACAGGCUGCAUGACCCUAGGCAUAAUAUAAGGGUACAUGGUACAGAACCUCAGUGGCACAGUGAAUAAAGGGAUAAAGUUGAAAUUAAUAUGAUUGGAGUUCAUAUCCUCCCUCAGGCACUUACUCGAUAGCUUUGUGACCCUGGGUUAAGUCAUUUAACCUUUCUCAGCCUCAUUAUCCUCAUCUGUAAAAAGAGGACAAUAAUAGAACCUACUUCACAAAGGAUCAAAUUGGAUAAUCUAUAUAAAGUGUUUUGCAAACCUUAAAGCACUUAAAUACUAGUCAUUAUUAUUACUACUUUAAAUUCUCAGUGCCCUGGGCUAGUCUCACUGACAAUAACUUGCAGAAAAUGUCCUAAUGGGGGCAACAAGGUGGCUCAGAAGAUUGAGAACUAGCCCUAGGGACAGGAGAUCCUGGGUUCAAAUGUGGACUCAGAUACUUCCUAGCUGAGUGACCCUGGACAAGUCACUUGACCCCUGUUGCCUAGCCCUUACCACUCUUCUGCUUUAGAACCAAUACACAGGAUUGAUUCUAAGACAGAAGGUGAGGGUUUAAAAAAAGAAAGAAAAUGUGCUAACCCAGAUUAGUAAAGGGAGUUUCCUCAUCUAGGAGUUCCCUAUAGCAAUGAAUGUCCAAUGUUAUCCCUUUUUCAAUAGGCUAUAAAAGGCACCUAACUUUACCAAGUGGAUGUGCUGAGCUUCCCCCCCCCCCCAAACCCUUACUUUCCAUCAAUACUGUAUAUUGGUUCCAAGGCAAAAGAGCAGUCCAGGCUAGGCAAUGGAGGUAAAGUGACUUGCCCAAGGUCACCCAUCAAGGAAGUAUCUGAGAUCAUGUUCGAAGCUUUUAAAAAUAGGUUUCUUAGCCCCUCAGAACUUGUACAUAUUGGUAAACAAAAGAGCCAGAGCCAACAAGGACUAUUUGCCAGAAAAGAAAGAGAAAAGCCACUCAUUUGCCUUUUACACAGUCUCUAGAAAAAAACACAGGGCUAUUUAUUGGCUAGAGAUGCCCUUUGCAUGACUGGCAGUAUCGCGAGUAAUUGCCCCUUUCUCUCCUGGCUCCUCUGUUUCCAUCUAGCUGGGGAGUCCAGCUUCUUAAUUCUUUAUUGUUGAUGAUCACCUGAUUCCUUCCAUUGACGUCCCUGGACAGGGAACUCCGGCUGAUCCCUGCAUCUCUGAUGCAGAUGGCACUGGUCUACAGCUUCUCCUAAGAAGAAUAGAAGAAAGGAGACAUUCCAGCAGCUGAUCUGAGGGAUUUUCUUGGCAGAGAUACUGGAGCAGUCUACCAUUUCCUUCUCCAGUUCAUUUUACGGAUGGGGAAACGGAGGCAAACAGGAUGAAGUGCCCUGCUGAGGGUCACAGAGCUGAAGGAAGGGAGACUGUCUUUGAGUGAGAAAAGAAAAUGAAGGCCUGAUACCUUUAGUUACUAUCUUUGUACGCUUGUGGAGGAGGAAGAAAUCUAAAACUGAACUUUUCUAGUCCGACAUCUCAAAAAAUGAAGAAUUCCUUCAACUCUUGGAGCCCACGGUGAAUUCCUCCAGGGCCAGGUGUGGAUGCCUCGGGAUUGAUGGAGCCAUAAGGGAAGCGGUCCCUGCUGCUUCUCAGGAGGUAGCAGGGUAACUACUCCACAGAGGUGAGGGGAUGGAUGCCCGGACAGUGUCACCCAUGACUGCCAUGGAGGUGCCCAGCAUCAAAGAUUUCCACUGGAAGACCCUGGCCCCACUGCCAAGUCGCAGAGUCUACUCCUCCCUGGUGGAGGCUGGAGGACAGGUCUAUGCCAUAGGAGGCUGUGAUGACAACGGGGUUCCCAUGGACUGCUUUGAGGUCUAUUCCCCUGAUGCUGACCAGUGGACUUCCUUGCCCCCCAUGCCAACUGCCAGGGCGGGGGUGGCCGUCAUUGCCCUGGGGAAACGGAUCAUGGUGAUUGGGGGUGUGGGGACCAAUCAGCUGCCCCUGAAGAUUGUGGAGAUGUACAACAUCGAUGAGGGCAAGUGGAAGAAGAGGAGUGUGCUGAGGGAGGCUGCCAUGGGCAUCUCUGUCACUACAAAAGAUUACCGAGUGUACGCAGCAGGAGGAAUGGGGCUAGAUCUCCGCCCUCAUAAUCACCUACAGCACUAUGACAUGCUCAAGGACAUGUGGGUCUCCUUAGCCCCCAUGCCCACCCCAAGAUAUGCUGCUACUUCCUUUCUCCGAGGUUCCAAGAUCUAUGUGCUGGGAGGACGUCAGUCCAAGUAUGCUGUCAAUGCCUUUGAGGUCUUCGACAUUGAAACUCGCUCAUGGACCAAAUUUCCCAACAUCCCCUGCAAACGAGCCUUCUCCAGCUUUGUCCCCAUGGAUGGCUACCUGUACAGCCUGGGGGGCCUGAGACAAGGUCGCCUCUAUCGACAGCCCAAAUUCAUGAGGACUAUGGAUGUCUUUGACAUGGAACAGGGAGGUUGGAUGAAGAUGGAGCGGUCUUCAUUCCUAAAGAAGCGCAGAGCUGACUUUGUAUCAGGCUCCUUAAGUGGUCGAGUCAUAGUGGCUGGAGGCUUGGGGAACCAGCCCACAGUCCUGGAGACAGCAGAGGCCUUCCACCCAGGAAAGAACAAAUGGGAGAGCCUGCCCCCAAUGCCCACUCCCCGCUGUGCCUGUUCCAGCAUCAUCAUCAAGAACUGUCUCCUUGCAGUGGGAGGCGUCAAUCAGGGACUGAGCGAUGCUGUGGAAGCCCUGUGUGUCUCAGAGUCCUAGCCCAGUCCUCAACCCUCCCCUGAGAAGCCUGGCUCCUUGGAGACUUGCCAUUCUUUGGCAGGAUUAGACAAUUUCCUCAAAGCCAACUAAAAACUCCUUUGGUACAUGGCAGAAAAGUGGGCAAAAUCUCCAGGGGCCCAAACUUCUGAAGUCCCCCCCCACUGAGCCCUAUCUCCCAAGAGCAGGAAAAAAUGUUCCCUAAAAAGCCCCUGGACACAUGUCCAACUGGUCCUCAAGCAGGGGGAGUCCUACUCUGAUCCUUAGCUAUUGGGAGGACACCAGCCACCCCAUGCCCACCCGUACCUCUUCUAUCAUUCACCCUUCCUGAAGUGGGAGACCAGGAUCCUUGUCUCCCCCCAAAUCCUAAGGUAAUAGGCCAUUGGAGGUCAGUGGCUGCUGGUGAGGAAUGAAUCCCUCUCCUCUUCUGGGGACUGCCCUAAACCCAGUUGGUAGACUUGGACCAGACUUUGCCCAACAGGUUGGGAAAGGAAGGGAUGAAGCCCCAAUCCAACCCCCAGGGGGUGGGGGUUUGAUCAUGCCUGACAAUGAGGGCAAGCAUGGCCCAGGCAAAGAGGAAAUGGCAAAGGCAUCCCCGCCAGAGCAGUGCAGGAGAGACAGACUGCAGAACAGGGAAGGCAGGAACCAGAGUCACAGAGCAGAUAGAGGAUUUGCUGGAGCUGUUUAAAGUGCUGAGAUCAGGGCUGGUGAGUCAUCAGGUUGUAACCAUCAUUCCUAGGUCUGUUUGGGCAGAGACAGAUGAUGGAGGGUCUAAGCCUCAAAGGUAGAAUCCAUUCCUUCCCCCAGAAAUGGCCCCAGUCACCAGUGUGGCCUUGGGGUUUUGGCGAGCCCUCUCCUCACCUCACUCCCCAACAAAGUCCCCUCAAGAAGGCAAAGGGGCCAAUUUUGGAAAGGGCUUUGCCCAGAAAGUCUGCAUACUUCCUAGGCCUGCCAUUGGAACUGGCAAUAGUAGCAACAGUGAGACCCUCCAGGAAAAUGGGGUCAUUGGCUAGCCAGAUCCUGAGCAAGGAAACAGGAAACAUCUCUCCCUGCUGGUUUCACCUACAUCAGCGACUUCCUAGAUGCCAAGAUAUCAGUAUCAAAACAGAACUGGAUCUGCAUGAAGUCGAUUCCCCUUGGAAUGGCUGACCCAGCUGUGUUGACUGGCUGCUUGCCAGCUGAAGAGUAAGAGGAAAAUAGUGCCAGGAUGCAGGCGUGUUGGAGUGAUACUUAGGUUAGCGUAAGGUAGAAAAGGGAACAUCUCCAAGUCCCUAAGCAGAACCUGGAGCAUCAACUUGGAGAGAAGAGGUUUCUCCCUGUCCAGAGGUGAUUUACAGAGACCAUCAGCUGGGACAACUGGGUGGCUCAGGGGAAAGAGGCAGGCCUAGAGAUGGGAGGUCCUGGGUUCAAAUCUGGACUCAGACACUUCUUGGCUAUGUGCCCCUGGGCAAGUCACUUAACCCCCAUUGCCUAGCCCUUUACCACUCUUCUGUCUUGGAACCAAUACACAGUAUUGAUUUUAAGAUGGAAAGUAAGAGUUUAAAAGAGAGAGAAAAGCCAUCAGGCCCACAACAAGGGGACAUCAGGCUGAGUGAUUAGAUUAUAUCCUUGUCAGUCACAGAAAGGGUCCCACCACUCUAUACACAGGUUUGAAGUCAAAGAUGGUGGUCCAGUGGGCUCCUCUCUAUCUGCAGACCUGACCAUCAGGUUUCUGGCUGACACUGAGAAAUUUUUGCACAUACUGGAUUGUUUUCAGCAAAUCCCUGAGACUGUCUUCUCUAUGUCUCUGGUGCAUGGUUUUAUAAGAUGGUCCCUUCCCUGUAACCUAGAAUGGCUGGCACUCUUCCUUUACACUUUUCCUGAGGUCUUCCAGUUCCCAACAGAGCUUUGAGUGUCAGCCAUGGUGGUCCCUCCGUCUCCUCCUGCCUGGUUCCAUGCCCACUCUCACCAUCAGGCACAUUCAGUGAUCUCCUCCCAGUCCUGUGUCCACAUCUCGGACCUCGUCCCUUUCUUUCCCUUAGGCGAGGAGGGCUGAUCACAAGUCUAAGUUUGGCCCCAGUUAUUGGGUUAAGGCAGUUCCCCAGAAGAUCAUGGAGAAGAAUGGCAGGAUAUUGUCUAUCCCCCAGUGGUAUUGACCUUUAACAUCCUAUUAUACUAGCCAGGAAGUAGUUGAGAAAAUUCUGAAUUGAAGGAAAGUUUGACACUAAAAUAUUCCCCUUUCUCAUUGAUGCCCCCUGUGAAUUAGAAUCAUAAGGACAGACUGGCUUCCUAGCAUCGAGUUUGAGAAGACACAGAAGGGUAAAAACAGAGUCCUUCCCUUUUUCUCAAAACCAGCCAAAUGGUGGCAUCUCUACCUGCCCUGCCAGCAUCCAUGAGAGAUCUGAACCUGGAAACAGAAGCAGCUGAGCCAGGAAGGAAGGGGAUGCUACUGAGCUCACAGGGUUCUAGAGUUAUCAGACCUUCUCUUAGAAUUGCCUUAUUUCCAUAUUGAAUUGUUCGAGGCAGGAGGUGAACCCUAACCCAGGAUGUGCACUCCUCACAUCUUCCCUGUUCCCCGUAGCUCCCUUUCUGCCCCUUCCCAAGAGGCCUGGUGUUUCUGUCACUGUUCUCCCAGGACCCAUUCCCUGGGGCAGGGAUAGGGGUUCCUGUUGACACUGUGCCAUCCAAAUCCAUCUUGGAUGAGUUCAUUGCACUUCUGGUUAAUAGCAGCAGCACAAUAAUUAAAGUCUAUAUUCAUA